AUGUUUGACACGACCUUCAGAGGAGAUGCAGCAACCAUUCAAGUUAGAGACAUUUUCAGCACAGCCCUCGCUAAAAAUAUCAUCGUUGUGUUUGUCUGGCUGUGUCUCAGUUACAUCAACGGGGCUCUGGUCCUCACGUUCUUCAAAAACCAAGUAUUUUACGAGGAUCCGCGAUACAUUCUGUUCAUCCACAUGGUCAUCAAUGAUGCUGUUCAGCUGACUGUUGCAAUGACUUUAUUUGUUGUGAGUUAUGUUUUCUUCAGAAUCAGUGUGUUUGUCUGCUUCAGUCUUAUUUUCGUUGCUUACUUUGCCACUAUGAACACUCCUUUGAAUCUCGCAGUGAUGGCUAUUGAGCGUUACAUAGCCAUCUGCAACCCCUUGCGUCCAGACCUGUUUAUUACUUUAGCCACAGAACCUGUAGAUUUUUUCCACUCAUCUAUUUUCUGUAUUCAUAGUAAUAUGUUUAGGGCACCUGCAGUAUAUUAUAAAGGUCAGGCAUUUGAUAUCUUGUACUUCUCUUUUGUUUCUCUCACUAUAAUUUACACUUAUUUGAGGAUCAUGUUUGCAGCAAGGGCAGCCACCACUGACAGAUCUUCUGCUGCAAAGGCUCGCAACACCAUCCUGCUGCACGGAGUCCAGCUGUUAAUGUGCAUGCUGACGUACGUCAGGCCUGUAUUAGAGGUAGCUCUGGUUGGUGCUUUCCCAAAACAUGUUUUAGAAAUCCGAUAUGCUUAUUAUUUGGUAAUAUAUAUUCUACCUAGAUUCCUGAGUCCAGUAGUCUAUGGUGUCAGAGAUGACAAGCUUCGAAAAUACCUUAAAGGUUACUUUGUGUGUAAACUCCAACGAGUCCUGAGUGACCUACAGGCCUCCCUCAGUGCAGCUCUCCCCCAGUUCCUGGGCAGGGUUCUGCCAGAGCGCUCGGCCCCAGAGCACGAGCUCCUGCUCCCCACAGUGCUGGUCUUCCCUUCAGUGCCACAAGAGGAGUGGGUGGAGCCGCCUGGCAGACUGCUGUCAGUGGGAAGAGUGACAGAGGUGGCUCUCCACACAGCAGAAAAGAAACAGCUGUAUGCAAUCUGUAUUUGA